AUGGAUACUCCCAAUUCUGCCUGGUCUCUGGUAACGCCUAUGCUUCUAUUUUCCUGUUUCUGUCUUCUUGUUGGAGACAUUCUCUUUGGGUAUGACACAGGCAGCUUUGGUGGGGUCCUCGCAAAUCCUGGCUUUGUGAAUCAAUUCGGCACCUAUAGUCCCGAGACUAGAAAAUACUCCAUCGACUCGCUCCAUACAUCUCUUCUCACAUCGCUAGCAUUCAUUGGCAAAUUCAUCGGUUGUCUCUUUGCCGGUCCAGCAAUCGAAAUGUAUGGCCAUCGCACAGUGUUUUUCGGCCUAUCGAUUAUUUCUGUGGUCGGCAUUAUCAUCGAGAUGACUUCUACUGGGAAUGCAGCUGGAACCGGACGUCUUGCGCAGUUCAUCUUUGGUCGGAUAGUCGUCUACAUCUCGGUUGGUUUGGUAGAAGUCAAUGUGACGAUUUAUCAAUCUGAAAUUGUGCCAUCCUUCUUCAGAGGAUUCGUCGUCGUCUCAUUGCAACUGUUUCUCACCGUUGGUUCAAUUCUUGCCUCAGUUGUCAACAAGGUUUUCUCGGCCUCUACCGACUCUGUCGGCUGGAAGACCAUCACAGGCAUCCAAUUCGCCUUCCCUGUUUUGAUUAUCGUGUUUACCUUCUUCAUACCCACCUCUCCUCGAUGGCUUCUAUCCAAAGACCGUAAUGAGGAAGCGGUGAUAUCGUUACGUUGUCUGAGACCAAAUGUGGACACCAUGAAUGGAAACUGUGAGAUCGAGAUUCAAUCCAUUCGCGAGGCUCUUCAACAGAAUGUGCAUAAGACUUCAUGGUCCGAUCUCCUGCGUGGAACCAACCUCCGCAGGACUAUAAUCGUCAUCGUAAAUUAUUUCUUCCAGCAGGCCACGGGUCAGGCUUUCGUUUCAAAAUACUCCGUGGUUUUCUACAAAACAAAUGGAUAUGCUGAGUACGCUUUCACCUAUCCCCUCAUUACUGCUUGCCUUGGCUUCCUUGCCCUGUUACCAGCAAUGUAUAUGGUCGACAAAAUUGGUCGUCGUUUCAGCCUCAUGAUCUCCUUCUUCUUCCAGACUUUGUGGCUGUUCGUCCUGGCUGGGAUAGGUGAGAAAGGCCACAAGUCUACUACGGAUAAGGAUGCCGUUGUCGCAGUCUUCAUGCUCUAUGCAAUCUCCUACAAUAUGGGAGGUGGACCGAUUCCCUACCUCAUCGGGGCCGAGGUUCCGAACGCUGCGGUUCGUGAGAAAACGCAAGCGAUUGGCACUUCUUGGAACGUUCUGUGGGCUUUUGUGACAAAUUUUGCUCUUCCGUAUAUGAUUAACGGCAUUCAUUUCAAGGUUGGCUGGGUUUUUGGCAGCAUUGCCUUUGUAGGACUCCUGUUUACAUUCUUCUUUCUUCCAGAGACCAAGGGCCGGUCACUCGAAGAAAUUGAUGCUAUCUACUCAGUCCCCUUCAAUCCAUUCCGGUCAAUCGACUCAGAAGGGGCAUCUCGAUCUCAUUUAAUUGAGGGCAAACCUUCUAAUAGCCUAGACUCUGUGGGCAAGGAGCCAUGGAAGGGAAUUGCUCAGUCUGCACCCUGA